CUUCUGCAGCUGGAGCUUGGCUCAAGCUGGGCCCCUGCCGCAUGGCAUGGCAAGCUGAAGAGGUUGGAUGACCAAGAAGAAGAAAGAUGCCAAGAAGGCCAAGAAGGUGAAGAAAGCAAAGAAGUCCAAGAAGGAUGAUUCCGACAAGAAAGGGAAAAAGAAGCACUCCAAGAAAGCGAAGACAAGCAGUAGCUCUUCAUCAGAGUCAGAUGAGGCAAAGAAGGCUACAUCCCCGGUCAUCGCCCCUGGCAUCGCGCAAGAGUUGCGCGCAGCACUGCUGAGAAAGGGAGAUCCAUCAACUGCUAGCGAUCUCUCUUCGCAACGCGACAAUGCGCUGGGUCGCUGCGAUGCGCGGGUGAUUCAUCGACCCAGAGAAGAAGAGCUGAGUGAGUCGCAGAAAGCCGAGCGUGAGGCACUGCAGAAGGAAGCAGAAGAUCUCAUCAAGCAACACCGGGAGAUGCGACUGAAAGCCUCGGGGCCGUGACGUUUGUCUCUUGCGGUCACCCCGUGCAGAGCGCGCCCGGAG